AUGCCCUUGAAUCUGCAGCCAUACAUUGGUGGGAUGUUAAAUCGGAGUGACUCUUGUAGGACCAAAUCAUUAUCCCUCCUUACCAACAUCCUCGGUGUUGUCUUGUGCAGUGCCGUUGCAGUCACUGCGCAGACAUCCAACGAACAGCAAGCUUCCACCAUCGAAGCUCCGGAAACCAAUCCCAGUGGCCACGUAUCCGAAGGCAAAGCCACCACCAAGUGCGCGAGAGAAUGCGUUGGCCCUUUCUCCUACGAAACCGAGGAGGAGUGGUACAUGGCGAUGAAAUGCUUGGAAACAUGCGAACUCGCCAAAGAAGCAGAAGUAUACCUCGAAGACUAUGGUUUGUCCAGUGCCCGUGUUGUGCCGUUGAAUAUAGCAUCCGACAUGGGCAAGUUCCAAAAAGCUCACGAUGAGGAACGUCGUCGUUUCUACCCGUGA